UUCAGUGACUGCUGAGAGGAGAGGUGGAGGACUUUUCUAUCGCCGUCUGUAACUUAGUUGAGGAUAAAUUAAUGUGUAUUUGAAGCGGUUUAAUGGAACAACGCGUAGAACUCGUGAAAUACGGCUGAAAUGUUGUAGUUUGGCACUACAGAACUUUCCCUCUUAAUUGUGUGUGACCCAUUUUCAGCGAGACAUUUUUGAGAACUAGCGAACUGCUUCAGGGGAGAACUCAACUUCGGUGCUGGCGACCUUAUGUGGAUUUUACAAAAAAUAUGGAGCAGUUUCCCGGUUUCUCCUCGGGCAGAUCACUAGUCCUGGUCUUCUGCUUCAUCCGACUCUCUUUGGCUCUGCAAUGUAUGGAUGAUAAGGCUCCUUGUGUGAACAACGCCACAUGUCUGACUUUUAGCAAUGGCACUGAGUACUGCAGGUGUGCACCAGGCUUUCUGGGUGAGUACUGCCACCAUAAGGACCCUUGUCAACCUGGUUACUGCCUGAAUGGAGGGAACUGCUCCGUGUCCAUGUCAGCUGUGGCGGGCAGCACUGUCUGCACCUGCCCUCUCGGCUACACCGGACAACACUGCCAAACGCCCCAGAACUCGACAUGUUACCCCAGCAACCCCUGUGCCAACAAAGGUGUCUGCACACUGCUUUCACUAGACAAGUUCAAGUGCGAGUGUGCCAGAGGAUGGACAGGGCUGCAGUGUGAGCAGGAGGAUAGCUGUCUGUCUAGUCCCUGUGCCAACGGGGGAACAUGCAGUUCCCUGUCUGGUGGAAGAUACACAUGUUCUUGUCCGAGUGGCUACAUUGGUCCUCGGUGCCUUAAUGACACCAAUGAAUGUGCUGUUACACCCUCCAUAUGCCAGAAUGAAGGAUUAUGCCUUAAUACUCCUGGCUCCUACAAGUGUAUCUGUGCCCUGGGGUUUACUGGCAGAAACUGUGAAAGCUCAUACAUCCCUUGCUCACCUUCACCCUGCCUCAAUGGAGGCACCUGCCACCAGAACUCUGAAACCAGCUACUCUUGCCACUGCCUUCCAGGUUUUAAUGGAACGAACUGUGAGAACAACAUUGACGAUUGUCCCGGUCAUCAGUGUGCUAAUGGAGGAACCUGUAUGGAUGGAGUGAACACCUACAACUGCCAGUGUCCUCCAGAGUGGACUGGUCAGCACUGUACAGAAGAUGUAAAUGAGUGCCGCCUGCAGCCAAACACGUGUCAGAAUGGAGGAACCUGCAGCAACCUGAUUGGCAGCUACGUCUGUGUGUGUGUUAACGGCUGGAGUGGACCUGACUGCUCUGAAAACAUUGAUGACUGUGCAACAGCAGCGUGCAGCCCCGGCUCCACAUGCAUCGACCGUGUUGCGUCUUUUGUCUGUGUCUGUCCCCAUGGAAAGACAGGUUUGCUCUGCCAUAGAGAUGAUGCUUGUAUUAGUAACCCCUGCAGAGCGGGCUCUCAGUGUGACACCAACCCCAUCAGUGGCAUGUACAACUGUAACUGUCCAGCAGGAUAUGUAGGCAGCACCUGCCAGACUGACAGAGAUGAAUGCAGCAUUGGUACCAACCCCUGUGAGCAUGGUGGUCAGUGUGUGAACACUGAUGGCUCCUUCACCUGUAACUGUGCUAGAGGUUAUGAUGGGCCUCGCUGUGAGCAGGAUAUCAACGAGUGUGCUUCAAACCCCUGCCAGAACGAUGGCACUUGCCUGGAUCGCAUUGGGGACUACACCUGCAUCUGCAUGCCUGGAUUUGAGGGGAUUCACUGUGAGAACGAGGUGAAUGAAUGUCUCAGUUCGCCCUGUCUGAACCAGGGGAAAUGUCUGGACCAGGUCAGCCGCUUCAUCUGCGAGUGCCCAGCAGGCUUCAAUGGGGAAAUGUGCCAAAUAGACGUAGACGAAUGUUCCAGCACACCCUGUUUAAAUGGAGCUAAGUGUAUUGAUCGGCCCAACGGAUACGAUUGUGAAUGUGCUGAAGGCUUUAAUGGUCUACUUUGUGAGGACAACAUCAAUGACUGCGUACCAGAGCCCUGCCACCACGGUGUGUGUAAAGACGGCAUCGCCACCUUCUUCUGUGAGUGCCAACUUGGAUACACAGGCUCAAUCUGUAACAUCCAGGUCGACGAGUGCCACAGCAACCCUUGUCAGAACCGAGGACGCUGCAUUGACCGGGUCAACACCUACCAGUGUAACUGCCCCCCAGGAACCACAGGGGUGAACUGUGAGAUCAAUGAAGAUGACUGUGCAAGCAGCCCCUGUGAAUAUGGAGAAUGCCAUGAUGGCAUCAACGAGUACAAGUGUGUGUGUGCCCCAGGAUAUACAGGAACUAAAUGUGAGGUGGAGAUCAAUGAAUGUGACUCAAACCCAUGUAUGAGUGGGGGAACCUGCAUGGAUAAGCUCAACAGUUUUCAGUGCCUGUGCCCACCCAGCACCCACGGGCCACUGUGCCUCUCUGGGAGAGACCACUGUGCUACUCAGCCCUGUGUGCACGGAGAGUGUGUUGAACAGCAACACGGGUAUCAUUGUGAGUGUGAAGCUGGCUGGGUGGGACAUCACUGUGAGGAGGAAAAAGAUGAGUGCCAGCCUAAUCCGUGCCAAAAUAGUGGCAACUGUGUUGAUCGACACAAAGGCUACACCUGUCAGUGUCAACCUGGAUUCAGAGGUGUGAACUGUGAGAAGAACGUAGAUGAAUGUGCAUCAGGGCCUUGUCUGAAUCAGGGCUUUUGUAUUGAUGGAAUCAACAGUUACACCUGCCAGUGCAGCCCCCCAUUCACAGGUAAACACUGUGAGGUGGAACAGGAUCCCUGUGCUUCUCAUCCAUGUGAGAGAGGAGGAGUGUGUCGUCCAUCUGCAGACUACACCUCUUAUACCUGCCAAUGUCCCGCUGGCUGGCAAGGCCCACGCUGCAGUGAGGAUGUGAAUGAAUGCAAAAAGAGCCCAUGCAAAAAUGGUGGUCGUUGCAUGAACAGUCCUGGCAGCUACACGUGUAAAUGUCAACCUGGAUACAGCGGACACAACUGUCAGACCGACAUUGAUGACUGCUCACCAAUCCCCUGCCUGAACGGAGGCUCCUGUGUGGAUGGUGUUUGGAGCUUCUCCUGCGACUGUCGUCAGGGUUUUGAAGGGGAUCGCUGUGAGAUCGAAGUAGACGAGUGUGCGAGCCAGCCCUGCAGGAACGGUGCCAUCUGCAGGGACUAUGUCAACAGUUUUGUGUGCGAGUGUCGUCCAGGGUUUGAUGGAAUCUUGUGUGAACACAACAUCCUCGAAUGUACUGAGAGCUCCUGUCUGAAUAACGGUACUUGCAUCGAUGAUAUCAACACUUUCUCUUGUCGUUGCCGUCCUGGUUUUUAUGGGACCUUCUGUGAGUAUGAGCGGAAUGAGUGUAACUCUCAGCCCUGUAAGAAUGGAGGCACUUGCACCGAUGGCCUGGACGCUUACCGCUGCACCUGCCCUGUAGGAUACAAUGGCCGAAACUGCCAGAACUAUGUGAACCUGUGCAGCCAGGUACGCUGUCUCAACGGUGGCUCCUGCUCACAGACAGCGACCUCCUGGACCUGUCACUGUGCAUGGGGAUGGACUGGAUUGUACUGUGACAUCCCGUACCAGUCCUGCCAGGACUUUGCUGCCACUAAGGGUAUUGAAGUGGAGAAUGUGUGUGAGAAUGCCGGGAGGUGCGUGAAUGAGGGCAAUUCUCACAAGUGUCAGUGCCAGCCAGGAUACACGGGCAGCUACUGUCAAGACAAGGUCGAUGAGUGCAAGUCAAACCCUUGCCGCAACGGAGCGACAUGCAAGGACUACCAGAGCACAUACGAGUGUGUUUGUAAGUCGGGCUUCCAGGGGGUGAACUGUGAGUAUGAUGUUGAUGAGUGCCACUCAAAGCCCUGCCUUCAUGGUGGAACUUGCAUCAACCUCAUCAACCGCUUUACCUGCGCCUGCCCACCUGGAACCAAUGGGCUCCAGUGUGAGGUGAACAUGGAUGACUGUGCCCCUCAGCCCGGCUCCUCAGAACCUCGCUGUAGGAACGGAGGACAGUGCGUGGACGGUGUGGGUCGUUACACAUGCUCCUGCCCUCCAGGAUAUGUCGGAGAACACUGUGAGGGCGAUCUGAAUGAAUGCCUGUCUGGGCCCUGCCACGCCCCUGGAAGCCUUGACUGUGUGCAGCUGGUCAACGAUUAUCAGUGUCGCUGUCGCCUUGGAUACACGGGUCGUCACUGUGAGUCUAUGGUAGAUCUGUGUCUGUCCAAGCCAUGUCACAACAAUGGCGUCUGCUCUAUGAACAUGAGUUCAGUUCACAGCUAUACCUGCUCCUGUCCAUCUGGCUUUACUGGAUUUAAUUGUGGUGAAAUCGAAGGUUACAGUUGUGAGAAGCUACGAUGUCAGCAUGGAGGGCACUGUGUGGAGUCACAAGUCGGGCACCUGUACUGCCAGUGCCAGCCCGGCUUCAGCGGGCCACACUGCGAGAAUGAACAGAGGUGUUCAUUGGCCUGCCAAAAUGGAGGAACCUGCAUCAAAGACCAAUUCAACCAGUACAGCUGCCGCUGCCCCACACAUUUCUCUGGACGACAAUGUGAAAACACACUCGUCAUACCACGCACUAUAUCCUGCCCCUAUCUGCAAUGUGAGCGGCAGUCAGGGGAUAAAGUGUGUGACGAUCAGUGUAACAACCACGAGUGUCAGUGGGAUGGAGGAGACUGCUCUCUGAACUGGCAGCAGCCUUGGGUGAACUGUGCCGCCAGUGUUCCCUGCUGGGAUCGCUUUAAAAACGGACUCUGUGAUAAGGAGUGUGACAACCCCGGGUGUCUGUUUGACAGCUUUGAAUGUCAGGAGUCCAAACCAGCCUCCUGCAAGUAUGACAAGUACUGUGCAGACCAUUAUGGUAACGGUAACUGUGACCAGAGUUGCUACACAGAGGCUUGUGGCUGGGACGGUCUGGAUUGUUCGGCCGACAUUCCACCCAAACCAGUGGAUGGCUCGCUGGUUCUCGUGGUCCGGCUGCAGCCUAAAGAGCUGCUUGGAGACUUGCGGGGCUUCUUGCGUGCCCUGGGAGCCCUGUUGCACACCAACCUUAAGGUGAAACUGGAUGAAAACAAGAAGCCAAUGGUGAUGCCUUACUAUGGUACAGAGGAGGAACAGGGUCAACAGGCACAGAGGAGCAGACCCAAGAGGGAGCUAGAGAGGGAGGUUGUUGGAUCUGUUGUGCACCUGGAAAUCGAUAACCGUGAGUGUGUCCAGAGCUCUGACGACUGUUUCUCCAACACCGAUGAAGCUGCAUCCUUCAUCGCAGCGGCACACAUCAAGGGGGAAUUGCCUUACCCUCUAGUGUCUGUUAAUAGUAAACCAACAGAUCCAUCAACGUCACUGCUGCCAUACCUGGUCGGAGUGUCUGUGUUUAUUAUUUUCCUCAUCCUGGUGCUGGGGAUGCUAGCUGCCAAGAGGAAACAUAAACAUGGAUUACUGUGGCUGCCUGAUGGCUUCAUGGCCAAUAAAAAUGACAAGAGGAGAGAGCCUGUGGGACAAGAUGACCUUGACAUGAAGAAUUUUAAGACCCAGGAUGGAGCCAUGAUUGACGGAGGUCAGAGUCAGAGAUGGCUGGAAGAUGAGGUCCCACCCAAAAACCAAGAGUAAACUGAAGACAAACCCUUGCUGCCUAUGGCCAUGGAUGGAGGUGUUGACCACAGAGAGUGGACAAUGCAGCAUCGCAAGGCUGCUGACAUCACCCUCACCCCUCCUCAGGCUGACCUGGAUGCUGACGGUCUGGAUGUCAAUGUCAAAGGACCUGAUGGCUUCACACCCUUGAUGUUGGCUUCCCUGCGUAACGGCGGAGGCCCGGACUGUGGCCUACAUGGAGAGGAGGAGGAAGAAAGCGGAGGAGAGGAAGCCGGACCGAGUGUCAUUUCAGACCUGAUCGCUCAGGGAGCUUCUUUAAUUGCUCAAACCGACCGUACAGGAGAAACAGCGCUCCACCUUGCCGCCCGCUACGCCAGAGCUGAUGCAGCAAAGAGAUUGCUGGAUGCUGGAGCUGAUCCCAACGCGCACGAUAACAUGGGUAGAACACCUCUGCAUGCUGCUGUGGCCGCAGAUGCCCAGGGAGUCUUCCAGAUUCUAAUCCGUAAUCGUGCGACAGAACUGGACGCCCGGAUGAAUGAUGGCACAACUCCUCUUAUCCUGGCAGCAAGACUCGCCGUUGAGGGCAUGGUGGAGGAGCUGAUCCACUGCCAUGCUGAUAUCAAUGCUGUAGACGACCACGGCAAAUCUGCUCUGCACUGGGCUGCUGCCGUUAAUAAUGUGGAGGCCACUCUUGUGCUUUUGAAAAAUGGAGCCAACCGUGACAUGCAAGACAAUAAGGAGGAGACCCCUCUGUUUCUUGCAGCGAGAGAAGGCAGCUUUGAGGCGGCUCAGGUUCUCCUUGACCACUAUUCAAACCGUGAUAUCACUGACCACCUGGAUCGGCUGCCCCGUGAUACAGCUCAGGAGCGUAUGCAUCACGACAUAGUGCGUCUGCUAGACCAGUACAACCUGGUUCACAGUCCACACAACGGGCCUAACCACAUGGGCGGAGGUGGAAACUCCUCCGUAAUGUGCGCCAAUGGAACAGGUUACAUCGGCAUGCGUCCCGGGCCACAGGGAAAGAAGAGCAGGAGAGGGGGAGGCGGAGCGAAGGUGGGAGGAGUCAGCGGGGGAGCUAAGGAUCUGAAAGACAUGAAGGCAAAGAGAAGAAAGAAGCCUGCAGGAGGGGAGGGGCCAGGUGUGGGUGCUGGAGUGGGAGGAGGAAAUGGAGGAGGUACUGGAGGAGGGAAUGCUAAUGGUGUCAAGGCAGCUGGUGCACUUCCAGAGAGCUCCGUCACCAUGUCACCUGUCGACUCCCUUGAAUCCCCGCACUCUUACACAACUGACGUGUCUGGCGCUGUCUCCACCACAGCAAACUCCCCUCCCCUCCUGAGCAGCCCCACCUCCAGACCCAUGCUGCCCCCUGUUAGCCACAUGCUGGGUCAGCAGCAAGGCUGGGUGGGCAUGGCAAAGCACAGCUACAGUGGCCACAUGUUCGGCCUUGUGCCCCACCAGAUGGGCGGGUCUCACCCUGUCAUGGGCCAACACCACAGCCAGGGCCCCAUGCUCACCCCCAUGAACGUCACGAUGAGCAGAGAGCAGCUACCGCCGAUCGUCACGUUCCAGAUGAUGGCGCCCGGAGGAGGCCAGGCCAUGAUGAAGCAGCCGCAGCCCGGGCAAGUUCAGGUGACACAGUCCCAGGGGCAGAACCAGAGCCAGGGUCACUCCCAACAGCGGCCCGGCCACCUCCACUGCUCCCAGAGUCUGAUGUACCAGAUGCCAGAGCAGAUGAGCAUGACGCAUGGCCUCUCCCACACCAUGCAGCACCCCCACACCAUCACCCACGGGGGCCAUAGUGGGAUUGAGGGCCAAUCUCGGCAGCUGCCCUCCUACCCGCCCAUGCAGAGCCCAGUGGAUAAAUACCCCACGCCCCCCUCCCAGCACAGUUACACCACCGCUGGCUCAGAGGGCACCACCCCUGGCCACUCUGCCCACCCAGCCAGUGAGCACCCCUAUCUCACCCCUUCACCAGAGUCCCCAGACCCCUGGUCGUCCUCUUCCCCACACUCCAACUCGGACUGGUCUGACGUCACCACGAGCCCCACCCCUCUGGGGAACCCCCACCAUGCACUGCCGUCUUCACACCACACACACAUUCCAGAGCAGGUGCAGCCACAGUCGCAGCAGAUGCAGCAAGCAUCUCAGCAGUCUCAGCUUGGGAACAUGCAGGUGUUUGCGUAAGCUAGAAACAGAAAAGCAGAAACAGACAGACUUUUGGGUACUGAGUAAAUAACAACAAAUAGUAACUCGUCUGAUGCUUUUCUCUCUUCUCUCAUUAAUUCUCUUUGUUUGUUCUUUAUUAUAGCAAUCAGUCACCUCCCUUUUAUGUUUCUUUCUCCUCUUUGCACUUAAGAAAACUGUGUAUAGUUUCUCAACUGUAUUAAGUAUUAUCAGCUUAUCAUUCAAAAGUUCUCAGAACCAAAAAUCUGUGGAGUUAGCCCUCGGUCACAAACGAACAUCAGAUUUCCAUGUAGCUCCUUCGAUCUCGGCGGAGCUUCCUAUGAUCAUUGUUGGCAAGGUCAGACUUUUCUUUUUCGACCUUAGACACCAAAAUGGAAACGUUUGAUUGUGGGAUCAACAAGGAGCUGCCGACCGGAUAGCUGUCAGCUGAAACAAACAGACUGUUGAGAUGGACACUGAGAUCGGGACAGAAGCGUCCGCAUUGAUAUUGUCUGUCUAGGAGGACAUUGUCGUUUUGUACUGCUAUAUGUUGUACUCUUUUUUUUAAUGUUUAAUGUGAUAAGCCUGCCAAUACUAACUUUGUGUUGAACCAUUCACUCUUCGAUUUUAAAAUUAUGGGCCACUUUCAGUUGAUGCUUUACUUCAGCAAAACUACCUAGUCGUUCCCUUUUUUUGUGUUUUUAUUCAUGCUUUAUGUUUUAAUGUGCUAAAGCAGGAUUUUUAUAAAAUGCUGUUGCAUGACUAGAAAGACAGACAACAACAAAUCACAGAUAAUUAAGAGAUGCAAACAGAAGCAUGUUACUAAAAAACUUUAGUUUAUUUACUUUUUUGAUUACAGUUUUAUAUCAGUGUUUCCCAUCUAAAGUAAUCUCUCUGAACACACACAAGUGUUAGUAAGUGCAUUUGUAAUUUGGAUGUUAUAGGUGCAGAAAGAAAGCAGAGUGUUAUCCCUGUUUUGAGGGCAGUUACUGUUACAAUCAUAUUGUUUGGAUGCAGAUGUUUUGCCACAGACCAUAUACUAUACUUCAUCUGUUGUGGAGGGAUUCUUUCAGAAGCUUGACAAACUUUAUGCAAAUAAAUACAUUAGUUUUAGAUUGUUCUGUAUUGAAAUGUACAUAGACUUACAGCACAUUCUGCUUGUUGUUACUGAGCUCAGUAUGGUAAAGAUUUGUUGACUUUUUUUAAAAAAAUGUUUCUUUUUUUAUAAAUCCUGUUCGCACUUCUUCGAUGAUUCUGAAUGUUACAGAGGUGCGUGUUUUGAUCUUUUGAACUGCCUCUUACUUAAUGUUUUGUCCUCCAAAAUCAUUUAACCAGUUUUGCUCGACUACAAUCAGUGCAUCUUUGCACCUUUUUGAUUGUCAUGAUUCAUUGACUAAGUCUGGGUAUUUGUAAGGUUCAGAAAAGUAUUUUUUUUUCUUCCUUCUUAGAGAUGAUACAUGUCAUAGCUUUGUGCGACCACUCCUUAAACAGAGACAAUCAUUCAAUGGCUUUAUAUUCUCCUUAAAGAAGCGUCAGUGUCCUUAAGACCGGAUAAAACAUGUUCAGACAAUGUUAAUCAUUUCCUAAUUUCUUUCAGCUUCUGCCCUCUUUCCAGUGUGUUUGGUGAGAAAGAUUAUACAUGACACAAUUUUGGUAAAAAUAAUCAUUUUUAAAUUAAUUACCCUGGCAAGUCUGAAAAUUACACAACAAUUAUCGAACACACACAUUAGGUCAUUAUUGUGCCUGUUCUAAUGUUUCAAAAGCAUAUACAAAUACUCUACUUUGAGGUGUCAGUCAGCUUUUUUUUAAAGAAUUGAGCAUGUCAUUUCCGUUCAUAUGCAAGACCACGUGUCCAUGUUGUGUAUAUAAAAUAUUUUAUUUUUUUUAUUUUACUUUCCUGUUAACCAAAUAGCUUAACAUUUACGUGUCAUAUGAAGUAGUUGUCACCAUGUUUUAUAAGGUAGAAGAACUAAAACUGAUGAUAAAAAUAAGUUGUCUUUUGCAGAAAACCAAAUGAUCAUCCAAAUGUGCUUACUGAAAUAAAGUCCAAAUCGUCAUAGAA